AUGAAGGGACUGGAAAUAUAUUUCGAGAAUGUGUACCAUAUGAUGCAGGUUAGAGUCAUGAUGAGGUCUACAGCGACUGUUCAUUCAGUUUUUCUUGAGUCGUGUGUCGCAGAGCCAUGUGUAAUUCACGUACAGCAGAACUAUACAGUACGGAUCGUUUUCACAGCAAGGGUGAAUCAUGACAAAGCAUAUAAUUUUGCAAGUGGUGAUGUUAUUGGGAUUGGGAGGGACGAAAUAUGGUAUUUUAAACCAAACGACGCAUGCAUUGAUAGUGUCAAAUGUCCAAUACAAGCUGGCUUGCAACAAACAUACUCUAAAACUGUCACUAUCCCAAUAACCUCCUCGAGACGUAUGGCGGCGAAGUGGCAAGUUAAAGAUUCAAAUGACCCUGCUGCACCUCCAAUAAUAUGUUUUGUUAUCCCCAUAACAAUUAUAGGAAAUUAAAUUUAUGUAUAAUUCAAAAAUAAAUCCACAAGCUUCA